GGACCAAACAGUUUAGAAGCCACAGGACGUUUUUAAAGCAUUAUUUUGUUUUAGUUUAAUUUAGUAGCUAGCUAGCUAGCUAGUUGUUUAGUUCUUAACAACUCACUGAAAUAGCACACUUCGUUGGUGUUAUUCACAGGUCUUCUACCCUAGAGAAAUCCUGAUUGCCAAGCCAUGAUUCAGGUAGAGGCAGGAGUCUACAUCGGGGCAGCAUCUGACCUCAAAGAUGCCCAAGACCUGACCAAUGCUGGCAUCACCCACAUUCUCACAGUGGACUCCGAGCAGCCAGCUUCACCUGAUGGGUCAUUUAGGAUGAAGUAUGUCUAUUCUCUGGACGAGUCCUCCACAGACCUACUCAGCCACUUCGACGACUGCAUACGCUUCAUAUGCGAGGCGUCAAAAUCUGUCCUUGUGCAUUGCCACGUAGGGCAAAGUCGGAGUGCGGCGGUGGUCACUGCUUACUUGAUGAAAUGUCAUAAAAUGAACUUGAUGGAUGCAUACGCCAAACUCCAGCAACUUAAACCUGAUGUAAAGAUGAAUGAGGGGUUUAUGGACCAGUUAGCACUAUAUGAGUCAUUGGGUUGUGAAGUAGAUGUCACCAGCCCCCAGUACAAGCAGUACAGACUCCAGAAACUCACAGAGAAAUACCCAGAGUUUCAGAAUGUCCCAAAGGAGUUGUUUGCAGUGGACCCUUCCCUAAGCACCUGUUCUGAAGUGGUAUACAGGUGUAAAAAGUGUCGACGGACGCUGUUCCGCGCUUCCAGUAUCCUCAGUCACACUAUUGGCAAUGGGCCGACUGCGUUUGCCUAUAAGAAGAUGAGUAACCUACCGAGUGGGGACCAGACCCAGUGUACCUCCUACUUCACUGAGCCUGUCCAGUGGAUGGAACAUGCCUUGUUAGGGGUGAUGGAUGGACAGCUCUUGUGCCCAAAGUGUAGCUCCAAGCUGGGCUCGUUCAGCUGGUGUGGGGAGCAGUGUUCCUGUGGUCGAUGGGUGACUCCAGCCUUCCAGAUGCAUAAAAACAGAGUGGAUGAAAUCAAACACAUCAGUAUAGCCACACUCAAAUCAUGAAAAUGUAAAAAUGAUUCAUAUCUGUAAUAAAUGUAACAGAAUAGCUGUC